UGAUCAACUGAUUUAAUAGUGGUACAAGAACAUGAGCCAGGGCCCAAUCCCACGUGGUCCCUCUUGAUUUAGCUCUUGUUCAUCACCUCGUUAAAAUCCCAUUAAAAAAAAAACUAAAAAUCACAUUCACAGCUCAUCUGAUUCCUAUACCUCCGUGAAUUCUCCAAACCCAAAUCGUAGAAACAGGGAAAACAGAGAAUCUUGCUAACCUUCGACCAGUCUGUUCUGUUCUUACCAAUCAAUCGUAAAAGAUGCAGAUGUACCAUGGCGAUGAUGGGCUUGCGUUGCAAUAACGGAUAGCCUCGGAUUCAGAAUCAGCAAUGAAAGGCGUGUUUUCAGCUCCCGGUGAUUAUAUCUACUUCAAGUCUCAGGUCCCUCUUCACAAGAUCCCUAUUGGUUCAAAGCAUUGGCGAUAUUAUGACUUUGGUCCAAAAGCGGUGCCCCCUCUUAUUUGUCUUCCUGGAAUAACUGGAACUGCAGAUGUACACUACAAACAGAUCAUGUCAUUGUCUAUGAAGGGUUAUCGAGUGAUUUCAGUUGAUAUACCUCGUGUCUGGAACCAUCAGGAGUGGAUACAAGCAUUUGAAAAGUUUCUAGAUGCCAUUGAUGUGCACCAUGUUCAUCUGUAUGGAACUUCACUUGGUGGCUUCUUAGCUCAACUUUUUGCUCAGCAUCGUCCACGGCGAGUUCGAUCAUUAGUGCUCUCAAAUACAUAUACAGAGACCAGUAGUUUCAAAGCUGCCAUGCCAUGGGCUCCCAUUGUUUCUUGGGCGCCUUCUUUUCUGUUGAAACGUUAUGUUCUAACGGGGAUUCGUGGUGGUCCGCAUGAACCGUUUAUUGCAGAUUCUGUGGACUUUGUUGUCUCUCAGGUUGAAACACUCUCAAAAGAUGACUUAGCAUCCAGGUUGACUUUGACAGUCGAUGCAGCCUCAGUGGGAGCUCUUGUGCUUUCAGAUUCAUUAAUUACUGUAAUGGAUACAAGUGACUACUGCGCAAUCCCUCAGCAGCUCAAAGACCAAGUGAGUGAAAGGUACCCUGGUGCCAGAAGAGCUUACUUGAAGUCAGGUGGCGAUUUCCCAUUUCUUUCACGACCAGAUGAAGUAAAUCUUCAUCUUCAGCUGCACCUGCGUAGAGUUGGUGUUGAAGCCAGGCCAGACUUAGUCCAGGGUCUCCCAAAGGGUGGCGGGGGAGAGAGUUCUGGGGAACAAGAUGAUGAGAGCAGAGAUGCAGAUGACAUAGCUAAAGCUGACAGGACGGAUUCUGCUGGCGCUUCAACUGAAAGUGGACCGCCACUGCUUCCUGAGAGCACAGAGUCACAUGAUUUAGAUAACCAACUUUUAAGCAAUGCAAAAGUUCUUGGCGCCAGUGGCGAAUUCCAGGCAUCUAUUCUGUUGCUGGCCUUUCUUAUUUCCUUUCUCAGACAUUGUACAUUAACAGGAAUUAAUACUGGAUAUUUAAGCGCGUAUUGGACAUGAUUU